CCUCGUGUUAGCUUCAACGCUCGCACAACUGAACACGCGAAAAAACCUGAAUUUACGAUCGCUUUCGCGCUGCUGCAAAGUACCAACAGCUCAUCUUGCCGAUUCUGUCAUCAUGUUUGCUCUUCACAUCAUUCCUUUUCUCUUCAUUGUACGUACUGUACUUGGAGGCGAUACGGAAACCCAGAACACUAGCACCCUCGACACCAUCCGCAACCACCGAAACGACACGGGGUUUCUCUCGACAGCAACUGCUCCACCAUGGGUGGCUUCACCCAACACUAGAGGAACUGGUGACAUACUAUUCACAUGUCUGCUUACGAUGCUAGCGUGCAUUUAUACAGCUAUACAUCCGCACGUACCAAUAGUACGAAGCCGUUCUUUACUCGGUUUGGUCAGUGUUUCAUGGCUCAGCUUGAUCAAGAUUACUUUGGCCAUAGACGCACUCCUCACUCCGGAACUGCUCUUAUACGCAGCGAUCCAAGAGCACAUGAACGCCAGAUCUCUCUAUAAUGAUCUCAGAGACAUUAUCUCCCGGCGCAGAAACGCAGGAUUUUCUGAUCCUGAUGAGACAUCAAUCGAUGACACGUUCUGUUAUUUUGCUACUAUGGGUGGUUUUCGUGUCUCCAUCGAGGAUAUCCAUCCAUCACGUUCUGCCCAUUUUUCGACCCGCCGUCUGCCACGCGAUGUGUCACUCUCUCCAGAUGGCAUCCGCCUUCUUGCGGAACUGGGACAUUUGAGCCUGUUGGUCAAAACUGCUGGUGAUGUUGAAGGCAAAAGCAAGGCAAAUACUUUUCAGAAGUGUUUAGCCGCUGGUCAACUAUGCUGGAUGGUCAUCCAAUGCACUGUCCGCAAAUGCCAUGGACUUCCAGUUCCCCUGCUCGAAGUCCAUACCUUUGCACAUGCUCUUUUCUCGGUAUUAAUGUACGCCGCUUGGUUCAAGAAACCAUUGGAUAUUGCACCUUCAUCCUGCGUUUUGCUUCCCACAGAGGAUUUUGAGGAUGCCCUUGCCUUGAUGGUUCAAGAACAAUUUUGCGAGUCCCACAAUAUUGUGGCUUGUCUCUACCCAGAGCGGAGACCUGAAAACGAAUCUUCGACGAUAGCCGUGUCGGGUGACACCAAGCAGAUGCUUCCGUUUGACGAACCCGGAAGCCCAGCCUUGAUGCCUGUCUACCAUCCUGAUGGAAAUCCAAUCAAAGUCACUUGGAUUGAUCCAAACAGUCCUAAGUCACUCCUGGACCCCGAUCGAACUGGGAUGGUGCUUCCCUGUGGGUUCGGAUUCGCAAAAGUGUUUGCACCACCAGUUACAUAUCAUGGAUGGUAUUCACUGCGCAGAGCAGAAGCGUUCAGAGCAAUUACCUCCCCCCACAGACAAGGUUAUCUUUCACGAAAAGACAAACUUCGCGCAGAAAGGGUCAUGAGGCAGAUUGUGCUUCUCGACGGAAAGCCAUUGCAAAGCCCUCAACCCUAUGUCAACUGCGAGGAUGUCUGUCUGAAGGAACGGCGCUGUCGAUAUCCAAUGCUCAAGUAUCGGCGCGCCUUCUAUAGUGUCAAUGUACAUCAUCCACUUGAUCCUGUCGACAUGCCUGACGAUUUUGAGGGGGAUGACGAUCCAAUGCUUCAGGAUUCAAGUUACAUGUCGAAGAUCAAUGCUAACAAUAAUGAAACUAUGAUUGAUGCGCCGCUAGCUAUACCAACAUUUGGUGUAGCAACCACUCCAAUGGCCCUCUUGACCAACAACAAUAUUAGCAGCAAGAACUCCUUACUGAUUGCGGCGUUGUUUGGGUUGAAUGGCGGAAUUCAUAUGGCUGCCUGGAAUUAUAUUUUUCCCACCAAAGUUGAGUGCCAGGCAUGGAGGGUUGUGAGUUUGGCAAGUACUGUCAUAGGGCUUGGCAUGGUACUCGUACGUGUGCUCACAAUUUUCCUCAGGAAGUUUACCGGACCCCAUCAGCUAGUAUACCCACGGAAUGGUGCGAUUCUCGCUGGAUGGAUUUUGUUGUUGGAGCUAGGGAUUAUUCAAUUGCCCCUUUAUUUCCUACUGUUAUUUGUCAUGUUUGGCCGGCUCUAUCUUAAUGUUGAAGCUUUCAUCAGCCUCCGACACAUGCCAUACGGCGUCUUUGUCAUGCCCAGCUGGUUGGAGGUGCUGCCACAUUUAUGAGAAGGCUCAAGCGGAUGUUUGGCAGGUUUGGACAGAGGGUUCGAAGGGAUAACAGGUAACGGAAAGACAUUUGAAAUCAUUAACAGCCUGUUUCCACGUCAUUUGUCUCGUCGCGAUUGGUCGGGUACAAAAGUCGAAUGUAAAGUGGGAAAUGAACAUUAUCUU